GCGUUGUCCAUUUCCGGAGGAUCACUGUAGCCGACCCACAAGAAAGAAAAUGGAGACCUGAAAUCGCACUGAGCGAAACAGUUGGUCGGUAUUCAGACAGCUUUGAAGUAACUAUUGGAUUGUUCGAGUACAUUACAGCUAACCUCACCGAACAGCAGCUGGAUUUUCUUGUAGAUUGGAGAGCAUCCUUCGACCUCCCUUCCUCCUGCAUCAAUGGAAGGGUCUGACAGUGGCGAGCAGAGUGGCAGUGACCUGCCAGAGUCUCAACGCAGGCGGCAGCUGGACCGCCUGGACCGGGAGGAGGCCUUCUACCAGUUCGUCAACAAUCUCAGUGAUGAGGACUAUCGUCUCAUGAGAGACAAUAAUCUUUUGGGCACCCCAGGAGAGGCAACACAAGAUGAGCUGUUCAGUAGACUACAACAAAUCAAAGAUGGCCCUGAACAACAGAGUGAAACUCCUAGUGUUGAAGAGCCUGCUGAACAACCAGAAAGCUCGGAGGACCCGGCCGGUGGGGACAGUCUCUUGGACUGGCUCAACACCGUGAGGCGCACAGGCAACACCACCCGGUCCGGUCACCGUGGAAACCAGUCCUGGCGAGCCGUCAGCCAGACCAACCCCAACAGCGGCGACUUUCGCUUCAGCCUGGAGAUUAGUGUCAACCGCAACCUGGCUGAGCAGCAAGCCGCAGCGGAGGGAGAGCAGGAGCAGCCAGAGCCGACGCCAGAGGGUCAAGAUGAGCCGGCGAGCGCUGAACCCCAAGUUCCCAUGGAGACGGAGGUGGUGGAAGAACCAGUCGUGGAAGAGUUGGCGGUCAUAGUGGAACCUGAGCCUACCGAGCCGAACCUGGAAGAGGUUGUUUCGCAAGAAGUUUUAGAAGAACCUCCCAGCCCUCCUGCUGCCCAGCCAGCGCAGCCAGCGCAGCCAGCGCAGCCAGCGCAGCCAGCGCAGCCAGCGCAGCCAGUGCAGCCAGCGCAGCCAGUGCAGCCGCCGCUCUGCGUUUCCCCACGCAGAGGACAGAGGAGGGCCCGCAGCCGCAGUCCAGAACCACGCAGGACUCGGGCCCGACUGGCCAGGAGCCGCUCGCCUCUCAGCCUGGAUCAGCUCGAUGGUCUCCCAAAUCCACGACACUCUUUCCGCUCUCAGAGCCCCAGUUCUUCCACUAGUUCCCCCACUGUGCCUCAAGCAGAGGGCAGCUCACGGACUCGACAGCACGUUCUCACCAGGCAGAGCACUGCCGACAGCGACGUUCAGCCGCCUCAGGCCGGUUCAGAACCGGUCCAAGAGGCCCAGAGUGUUGGCGCUCAGGAAGGAGAAGCAGCGGGAGAAGGUACCGGAGCCGAAGGAGGCGCAGCAGGCCGACGCCCGCCCACUAUCAUGCUGGACCUCCAGGUACGCCGCGUGCGUCCAGGCGAAUAUCGGCAGAGAGACAGCAUUGCCAGUCGUACACGCUCGCGGUCCCAGAACUCCAACAACACUUUUCUUUACGAGAGCGAGCGCGGCGGAUUUCGGAGGACUUUCUCACGUUCUGAGCGCGCUGGCGUGAGGACCUACGUCAGUACGAUCCGCAUUCCCAUCCGACGGAUCUCUGACGCGGGCCUGGGAGAGGCGACUUCAAUGGCCCUCCAGUCGAUGAUACGGCAGAUCAUGACCGGCUUCGGAGAACUCGGCUACCUCAUGGACUCAGACUCUGACUCAUCAGAUUCAAACCGCGGAGCGAACACACCCGCCGAGCUGGACGCCCUCAACAAUCUAGACGCGACGGCCGCCGACGCUCCCGCCGCCGACGUCGACGAACAACAGCUCGCUGCCGCAGUCAGGGGAAGGACAGUUGAGGCCGAAAUGGACGAGGGUCCGCCUGCUUCCGGGGGCAGGGCGGCUCGACCGAGGCCCCCCAUCAACCUGGAGGAGCCCAGCUCACUGCCCUUCCUCCGGCUGGCCCACUUCUUCCUCCUGAACGACGACGACGAGGACCAGCCACAGGGGCUGACCAAAGAACAAAUUGACAACCUCUCCAUGCGCAAUUUUGGGGAGAGUGACGCCUUGAAGACUUGCAGUGUCUGCAUAACGGAGUACGCAGAGGGGAACAAGCUGCGUAAGCUCCCCUGUUCUCAUGAGUACCACGUCCACUGCAUAGAUCGCUGGCUCUCCGAGAACUCCACUUGUCCUAUUUGCCGCAGGGCCGUCCUGGUGUCGGCCAACCGAGAGAGCGUGGUGUAGAGACUUCUGUCUCAAUCUAAGUAAAACAAUUAUUCCAAGUCUAGACAAGGCUUUAAGGAAACGUGUCUCCACUGUCGAAAUGUAUUUCCCUCAUACCGUUUGUGAGUUUGAUCAUAACGCAGUCACAGGUUCGAUCGGGGUGCACCGUACACUGACACCGAGGCGCCUUUCGUCUCAAACUAGAUAUCUAAUCCUGCAGUCCAAAGUUGGGCACAAGCAAUGCAUGCUGUUGAUCAUUGCGUAGCAGUGUUGCAUUGCCUUACGCCAUGCGCACAAGCAGACCGACAUGUCCUAAAGAAUUCUUCUGAUCAUAGAUCCUGCACACCACCAAGGUAGGCCAGGCACUUAAAGUCAGUUUUUUCUUCUUUUUUUUUUAUUAGCUCCUCAAGAGCGUCAUACAUACGUUAGUUGGGUAUAGGUACAGUUCUUAGUUAAACCAGGUCAAAGUAUUAGCUGUAAAUAAGCUUGUAAAAAAAUAAUUUUGAUGCAUAUUUUGUAUCGGUGAAUUGGUUUUUGGAUUCUAAAUCGUCUCAUAAGAAGAUUUGGGUCAUAGUGGCUGAAAUUACUUCAAUUUGAUUUUUAAGAUGUCGGUGGGAUCAAUUUACACAGCCGAAUAUUUACAGAUUCGUUCACAGGAUCUAGGACAUAAAGUAGUUGAUAGCUUGCACUUUCUCCUCUCUUUCACCAGGAAGAAACUACAACAUUUUCUAUUUUGAUGUGACAUUUACCCAUAUAUGCUGAUUCACUCUUGAAUAUUGCAUAAGAAUCAUACAUCGUCCCAGAUUACUAUUUGAAAAUUGUCAAGUGUAGUUUGGAAUUGUACAGCGUUUCCAUUUUGAUAAGUUAAACUUGUUUGCCACUAAACAUGUUGGAAAUUGCGAGUAUCUGAAAUUUGACAGAGAACAUGAGAGUUCCAGUUUCCCAUUUUGGAACAAACGUACCACCAGGCAUGACAUCUGAAAAAUAGAAGUCGCGUUUUGCCGUUUCCUUCCUCACAGAGAAAUAGUUUACAUGCACCGUGAUCAGCAUCGUCUUUUGUUGCUGUGAUUUUUUUUUUUUUUUUUUUCUUUUCAAUUUUGCUUUUCCAUCGAGAUAAGAAGUUUCCUUUAUCUACAGACUGAAACUCUUAUUGACCACAGAAUUUUGGACUUGAAGCU